UCAAAUAUUAAAAAGUAUUUAUCUAAAACAUAAAUUAGAAGCUCUACGUGGCGCCAUCUGACACGUCGACCCACUCAUCGACAGCCCGUCUUCUUCCACCACCACCGUGUUUAACUGAUUACUCAUCCGACUCUGUUAUGGAAAAACGCCAUUGAUGCACCGAAGAAGCUAUGCUUCCCACUACAACUACAACUUGCUUCUCUGCAGCUCUACCAAGGAUUCUCAUUCACCCAUUCUUCCGAUCAGACUCCACUCUCUUACAGCUCUCUACCCAGAAGACGCACGCGCCAAUUUGCGCCACUCCAAACGAUUCCCAUUUGCUCACUUCGGAAUCGGAAUUGGUUUCCAACUCCAAGGCCGCCGUUAAGCUCCGUACAGCGCCAUGGAUGAAGGGUCCUCUCUACUCUCAACCCCAAGAAGACGUCGAUCUCGCGAGCCCUGAAAGAAGAAAUGACUCCGACGCUCAUGGGGGCGAGAAGUCUUAUAGGGCGUUGGUUGAUAAAAGAAUUGGUAAAACAGGAAGGCACGCGAUGCGACGAAUUGCUAAAAGCAUCGAAAAGCUUGAGAAAGAUGACGAUUCGGGAGAGACCCAGAUGAAAUUGGAGGAGUUUGAAUUUGGGAAUUAUUUGGAGGGUCUUGAGGAGUCUGGAAUUCGGCAGAGAAUGCCGUGGGAGAAGGAUGAUGGGAUUGUAUUGCGGAGGACUAAGCAGAAAACAGUCAGUGCGGCGGAGUUGAGUCUUGACAAAGCAUUACUUGGAAGGUUGAGGGGUGAGGCUGCGAGGAUGGCGAAAUGGGUGAAGGUAAAUAAAGCUGGGGUUACUCAAGAUGUCGUGAAUAAGAUACAGUUUAUGUGGGAGAGGAAUGAGCUCGCUAUGCUGAAAUUUGAUGUGCCUUUGUGCCGCAAUAUGGAUAGAGCUCGAGAAAUUGUUGAGAUGAAAACUGGAGGUGUGGUUGUCUGGACUAAGAAGAACGCUCUUGUUGUUUACCGUGGUUGGAAUUACCCAAUGCCUUUGAAACUUAGCCCAAAAAUGCAAGUAAUCGGCUCUUGCUCUUCAGAAAAACUGACGCCCAAACAGAGUCCUAAGAAGCUGGAAACAGACUCUAAUUUUUUGCUUGGUAAACAUUAUGAAAGUGGUUUAGAUCAAAGAACAGAUAAUGAUGGUGAGUCGGAACAAGCUUCUACUUCUUUCUUGGUACAACAUAGAGAUUUCCAACGAAUGAGUGGUUCACUCUAUGAGAGGGAAACUGACAGACUAUUAGAUGAUUUGGGCCCUCGCUUUAUUGAUUGGUGGAUGCACAAACCUCUGCCGGUUGAUGCAGACAUGCUUCCAGAGGUGGUUCCUGGUUAUAUGCCUCCCAUUAGGCGGUGUCCACCCUUUACUAGACCGAAGCUUACAGAUGCUGAACUACUAUAUUUGAGGAGGCUUGCGCAUCCCUUACCUACUCAUUUUGUCCUUGGGAGAAACAGAAAACUUCAAGGGUUGGCUGCUGCCGUAUUAAAGUUGUGGGAGAAAAGCCUGAUAGCUAAGAUUGCUUUGAAGUGGGGAGUUCCAAAUACAAACAAUGAGCAAAUGGCUUGCGAACUUAAGAAUCUCACAGGGGGAACAUUGUUGCUGCGCAACAAGUUUCUCAUCAUCCUUUACCGAGGCAAGGACUUCCUUCCUGUUGGAAUUGCCAAGUCAAUCAUUCAGAGAGAAAUGGAGCUCCAAAGAUGGCAACUUCACGAGGAAAAUGCACGGCUGAAAGCCAGUGAAAUUUUUUGUUUCGACAAUGGGAACAUGGAAGAAGAGAGAGACACGGCUGGAACUCUGUCCGAUUUUAAGGAUAUUACAGUGGAGUAUGAAGAUUUGACAACUGAAAAUACAGAAUCAAAACUUCAAGCAGAUGCUGAAAAGGGAAAAAUUAUUAGGGAGCUGAGGAUGCAAGAGCAAAAGCUUAGCAUUCUUAACUUUAAGGUAGAGAAGUCAGCAAAGGAGUUGACAAAGUUGAAUGCAUCAUGGAGGCAUGCUGAGCCAGAUGCAGACCAGGAAAUGAUUACAAAUGAGGAGAGAGAAUGUUUUAGGAAGAUCGGAUUGAAGAUGGAUAGCUGCUUAACACUUGGUAGGCGUGGGGUCUUUGAUGGUGUCAUUGAAGGCUUGCAUCAACACUGGAAGCACAGAGAGGUCGUGAAGGUGAUUACCAUGCAGAGAGCUUUUAAGCAGGUAAUUUAUACUGCUAAAUUUCUUGUAACAGAAAGUGGUGGGAUUUUAAUAUCCGUGGACAAGCUCAAAGAAGGCUAUGCCAUAAUUAUUUACCGUGGAAAGAACUAUGGACGACCUCGACAUUCAGUGUCCAAGAAUCUCUUGACUAAGAGAAAAGCAUUAAGUAGGUCCUUGGAGAUUCAGAGAAUUGGAUCACUGAAGUUCUUUGCCAACCAGCGAGGGCAAAAAAUUUCUGAAUUACAACUUCAACUGGAGAAUGUGCAUAAUAGUGGGGAUUAAUUUGUCAGAAUUAGAGUCGAGGCCAAUCGUCGGUUGAUGCACAAUUUCCUCUUCUACUUUUGAAAUGUGGGUGAAACAGGUCCAUGAAGAACACAUCAGAUCUCCAUGUGAAUAAAGUUUGUUAGGCAGUGACCCCACAUUCGAUUAUGGAUGCUUAAAAACUGUGAAGACAAAAGUGAAGCUAAGAUAGAGAGGAAGAAAUCGUUUACAGGUUGGUGAAGCAUAAGUGGAUCGGUAUCUGUCUACUUCAGUUCUGGAUUGGAUACUUUAAGUGAGAUUAUAGAGAGAGAGUUUUGGUCUUCCAUUUAUUGACACGAAAUCAUAUUACGGCUAAUUUUUGUAUAAUAAUCGACAAUGAUAUUCUUUUAUUUCUACAAUACAUGUACAUAAAUCAGUGACUUGUAGAUGUAAUCAAAAUGUUUCAACAAUUCAUUACCUUUCUACUUUGAAUCCACA